AUGCCCAUCGUCGCCAAAUGCCACAAGCUUUUGGAGAAUGAAAUCCUCCGUCGCUCCUCCCAAAUUGUUUCAGUUGUUGGUGAUCAAGUACACAUCUUUGGUGGCGAGCUGCGACCGCGGGAGCCUCGAGACAAUGAUGUCCACGCUGUGUCAUUAGGCAGCAAUGCCAUUAGUUCCAAACCUACAACAUCUCAGUCACCCUCCCCACGUGUUGGGACUGCAGCUUGUACACAAAACGGCAAGAUCUAUAUAUUCUCCGGCCGAGGCGGUAUCGCAAUGGCACCCAUUGAAGAGCAGGGCGCAAUCUGGGAAUUUGACCCUGCUACAGGAAACUGGUCGUGCAUUUCGCCAUCAGACCCCAGUGUGGCCCCAACCGCUCGCAGCUAUCACUGCAUGGCUAGUGACGGAAAAGGCACACUCUACCUUCAUGCUGGAUGCCCUGAAAAAGGAAGAUUGUCAGACCUAUGGGCUUUUAGUCUCUCCAGGAGAAAAUGGACAGAACUUGCCCCGGCAUUUGAUCCCCCACGUGGAGGUACUUCGAUUGCCUUUGCAGAGGGCAAGUUGUACCGGAUGAAUGGGUUUGAUGGGAAUACUGAACAGGGAGGAAACUUGGAUAUUUACUCCCCUGAAACGAACUCUUGGGCAUCGCACGUUUAUUCCCCUGAUGGAAAGGCAGGCCCAUCACCGCGAAGUGUAAGCUGUCUACUGUCAGUUCGUUUGGGAGGUCGGUCAUUCUUGGUCACCAUGUUCGGUGAGCAUGACCCUAGUUCAUUGGGCCAUCAGGGAGCGGGGAAGAUGUUAAGCGACAUGUGGGCAUUUGAUAUAGAGAGCAAGAUGUGGGAGGAGAUUGUUGGUGGAGAUCAACUUCCUCUCGCACGGGGCUGGUUUGAUGCCGAUAUUGUCGGUGCAAAUACUGUUGUGGUCCAUGGUGGGCUAGGAGAAUCGAACGAUCGGUUGGGAGAUGUGUGGACUAUCGAACUUUCUUGA